UGCGCACUGACUGCAUACAACUGGUUUGCUGACUUUUGUUAGUUUUUUCCAGGAUGCCAUCAAGUGGGUGAGAAAUGGACCAUCACUUUCGACAUGUCCUCCAUCUCUGCGAGUGACGACGUCCAGCUGUCAGAGCUUCGGAUCAGACUACCAGCGUUCUCCGUUUCCAAACACGUCACAUUGGACAUUUAUCACUCACGAAAGCAGGACUGCGAGUCUGACACUGAACUGUGCAGCGAGGAGCGCCUUCUCUUGGGCAGCUUUGGCGCAUCGCCCAGUGACACCAGGUCUCAAUGGAACGUGUUCAAUGUGACAGCUCUGCUCAAAUAUUGGAUGCACCAGGGAGACACAGUGACGCAAAGCCAAGAAGCAAGAGUCCUUGUGAUAGAGAAAGAACACGAGAGUGGGGCACCGGACGACGGAGAGGAAAUUGACAUGGCCUACAUCGGGCAUUUUACGCACAAGAAAAUCAAGGUUCACCAUCCGACAGACGAACGGGUUAUGAUGGUUGUCUUCUCCAAGCACAACCUGCCCCGAGAUGGCGAGAGCGCACCCACUCUCAUCCGUACUGUGGAGCACUCCAAAUACGCAAUUUUGGACCAAGUCAGCCGUGAAGCUCAAGGGCGACGCCACAAGAGAAACCGAAUGGAGAGAGUGCGGAUGGCCGGCGGAAUUGCAGCUAAUGCUACUGGGUCCGCGGCUGAAGCCGUCCAACGCCCACUCUGUCGGAAGAUUGACAUGUGGGUAGAUUUCGACCACAUCGGCUGGAACGAGUGGAUUGUGUAUCCAAAACGCUACAACGCCUUCCGCUGCGAGGGCGAGUGCCCUACUCCGGUGGAUGAAUCCUUCAGUCCCACCAACCACGCAUACAUGCAAAGCCUGUUGAGACUGUACCAUCCGGAUCGCGUGGGUUGUCCGUCCUGCGUGCCCACGCGCCUCAGCCCGCUGUCCAUGCUGUACUACGGGGACGAAGACGUGGUGUUGCGGCAUCACGAGGACAUGAUCGUGGAGGAGUGUGGCUGUCACUGAUACCCCAGCCACAUCGGGCCCGCAACCACAAAGACUAUUGUGAAAACACUUAUUUAAAAGCCUCCACUUGGAAUAUAUUGUGCGCCAUGGAAUGGCUCAUGAAAGUUGUUUGUGGUCGUUAUCACAAGGAAGAUAGAUUUCUUUGCUAAGGUCCUUACUAUAUCUUAUUCUAUCAUGGCCUAUGUCAUGAUCUCAGCUGGAACCACAGCAUUCCAUAUUAGAAGAUUUGUCCUUGGUUUGAACCAGCAUGAUAAAGAUGUACUGUUAUUUAUUUGAAUAUUUAUUACCCAUGUUGGGUGUUACUUUUAGGCUAUACGUUUUAUAUUGUGUUUGUCAGUGUUUUGUAAUUUUCAAGAAGUGAAAGAAAUAUGCUGCCAAAAUAGUGUCUUAAUUGUUAUGAUUAUUUUGUAUUUUCACUCAUUUAUUAAUCCU